GGAAGCCGCCAUAGGACAAUUUCAGUCGGCGUGCUCUUUUGAACAAGAAGAACCGCUACGAAGCACGGGAGGAGAGCGGCCCAGUACGAUAAUUCAACGUCCAAGUCAAUAUUGUAGGAUGGAGUGGCAGCCAGAUGAGCAGGGACUUCAGCAGGUCCUCCAACUGCUCAAAGACUCACAGUCGCCCAACACAGUCACGCAGAGAGCAGUCCAACAAAAACUUGAACAACUCAACCAAUUCCCCGACUUCAACAACUAUCUCAUCUUUGUUCUCACGCGACUCAAAACUGAAGACGAGCCGACUCGCUCUCUGAGCGGUCUGAUACUGAAGAACAAUGUUAAGGCCCACUACCAGAAUUUCCCCCCAACUGUUGCUGACUUCAUCAAGCAGGAAUGUCUCAACAACAUCGGUGACCCCUCACCGCUCAUUCGUGCCACUAUUGGCAUCCUGAUCACUACUAUUGCCUCCAAGGGAGAGCUACAAACAUGGCCUGAGCUGCUGCCCCAGCUCUGCAACUUGCUCAAUUCCGAUGACUACAACACCUGCGAGGGCUCGUUUGGAGCACUGCAGAAGAUCUGCGAGGACUCCUCGGAGCUGCUGGACAGCGAUGCUCUGAACAGGCCUCUCAACAUUAUGAUACCAAAAUUCCUCCAGUUCUUCAAGCACUGCAGCCCCAAGAUUAGGUCCCAUGCCAUCGCCUGUGUGAACCAGUUCAUCAUUGGCCGAGCCCAGGCCCUAAUGGACAACAUUGACACCUUCAUAGAGAGCCUGUUUGCGCUGGCAGCAGAUGAGGACUCUGAGGUUCGAAAGAACGUGUGCCGAGCCCUGGUCAUGUUACUGGAGGUCCGCAUCGACCGCCUCAUCCCCCACAUGCACAGCAUCAUCCAGUACAUGCUGCAGAGGACCCAGGACCCAGAUGAGAAUGUGGCUCUGGAGGCGUGCGAGUUUUGGCUGACAUUAGCUGAGCAACCCAUCUGUAAGGAGAUGCUGUCUGGACACCUGGCGCAACUGACACCUAUCUUGGUAAAUGGGAUGAAGUAUUCAGAGAUCGACAUCAUACUAUUAAAAGGCGAUGUGGAGGAGGACGAGGCAGUACCGGAUAGCGAUCAGGACAUUAAGCCCCGUUUCCACAAGUCGCGCACGGUCACUUUGCAGCAUGAAGGAGGAGGGGAGGGGGAGGAGGGCGAGGACAUUGAAGAUGACGAUGACGACGAUGAUGACACACUGUCAGACUGGAACCUGCGAAAGUGUUCAGCUGCAGCCCUGGACGUGCUGGCCAAUGUGUUUCGUGACGAGCUGCUGCCCCACCUCCUACCGCUCCUGAAAGGCCUGCUCUUCCACCCCGACUGGGUCAUCAAGGAGUCUGGCAUCCUGGUUUUGGGGGCAAUAGCUGAGGGUUGCAUGCAGGGCAUGGUGCCCUACCUACCGGAGCUGAUCCCCCACCUUAUCCAGUGUCUCUGUGACAAAAAGGCCCUGGUGCGCUCCAUUGCCUGCUGGACCCUGAGUCGCUAUGCACAUUGGGUGGUCUCCCAGCCCCCCGACUCCUACCUCAAACCCCUUAUGACCGAGCUUCUUAAACGCAUCCUGGACGGCAACAAGAGGGUGCAAGAGGCCGCUUGUAGUGCGUUUGCCACCCUAGAAGAGGAGGCGUGCACAGAGCUGGUGCCCUACCUGAGCUUUAUCUUGGACACACUGGUGUUUGCCUUUGGAAAGUACCAGCACAAAAAUCUCCUCAUUCUCUACGAUGCCAUAGGAACUCUAGCAGACUCAGUGGGUCACCACCUCAAUCAGCCUGAGUACAUUCAGAAGUUGAUGCCCCCCCUUAUUGCCAAGUGGAACGAGCUGAAAGAUGAAGACAAGGAUCUCUUCCCACUACUAGAGUGUCUGUCGUCAGUAGCAACCGCCCUGCAGAGUGGGUUUCUGCCUUACUGUGAGCCUGUCUAUCAGCGCUGUGUCACGCUAGUCCAGAAGACACUAGCUCAGGCUAUGAUGUACAACCAGCAUCCAGACCAGUACGAGGCUCCUGACAAGGAUUUUAUGAUUGUGGCCUUGGAUCUGCUGAGCGGCCUGGCUGAGGGUUUGGGGGGUCAUGUGGAACAGCUAGUGGCCCGCUCGAACAUCAUGACCCUGCUUUUCCAGUGCAUGCAGGAUACUAUGCCUGAGGUGAGGCAAAGCUCCUUCGCUCUGCUGGGUGAUUUAACCAAGGCGUGUUUCCUCCAUGUUAAGCCCUGCAUUGCUGAGUUCAUGCCCAUCCUGGGGCUCAACCUGAACCCAGAGUUUAUCUCAGUGUGUAACAAUGCCACCUGGGCCAUUGGAGAGAUCUCGAUGCAAAUGGGUGCAGAGAUGCAGCCGUAUGUGGGAAUGGUUCUUCCCCACCUAGUUGAGAUCAUCAAUAGACCCAACACACCCAAGACUCUGCUGGAAAACACUGGUACAUACAUGCCGUAUAGGUUGGGACAUGCAUUUCAAACAUUGGGAAGGGUCUUGGGAGUUAAUGUGAAUGGAUUUUUAUUUUUUUUUGUUUCCCUGUGUGCAGCCAUUACGAUUGGCAGACUGGGUUAUGUCUGUCCCCAGGAGGUGGCACCACAGCUGCAGCAAUUCAUUAGACCAUGGUGCACAUCAUUGAGGAACAUCCGAGAUAACGAGGAGAAAGACUCUGCCUUCAGGGGAAUCUGUGUGAUGAUUGGCGUCAACCCUGCAGGAGUGGUGCAGGAUUUCAUUUUCUUCUGUGACGCUGUGGCCUCGUGGGUCAACCCCAACGACGACCUGAGAGACAUGUUUUACAAGAUCUUGCAUGGCUUUAAGGAUCAGGUCGGGGAAGAGAACUGGCAGCAAUUCUCGGAGCAGUUCCCCCCUCUGUUGAAGGAGCGCCUGUCGGCCUGCUACGGCGUCUAACCCAACCUCCUGUCCACACAGGACACCAACCUGUUAGGUUAAUGUAGGGGAGGGUUACUGGGGAACUCAUUGCACUGCCCAGAUUGUGGGGAGAAAUGAGAGCUGGAGGGAUGUGACUGGCUUUGACCCUUCACUCAGCGGAUGGUCCCCUUUCCCCCUGCUCCCUGUGUGUCUC